AUGGAUGAUUUGACGUUACUUGAUCUUCUGGAGUGCCCUGUGUGUUUUGAAAAGCUCGACGUCACAGCCAAAGUCCUCCCUUGCCAGCAUACUUUCUGCAAACCAUGUCUACAGAGGAUUUUCAAAGCCCACAAGGAACUGAGGUGUCCCGAAUGCAGGACCCUGGUGAUUGGCAGUAUCGAGGCACUGCCAGCCAACCUGCUGCUGGUGCGUCUCCUGGAUGGAGUGCGUUCAGGACAGAGCUCAGGGCGAGGAGGCUCCUUCCGCAGGCCUGGCGUGCUGACUGCACAGGAGAGCAGGAAAAGCAGGAGCAGCCCUAGAAGUCUGCAGGUCAGUCCUUUCCGGCUAGUGCCCAGCAUCAGGAUCCACAUGGAUGGGGUGCCUCGAGCCAAGGCCUUAUACAACUACAGAGGGCAGAAUCCUGGCGACCUGAGCUUUAAUAAGGGAGAUGUUAUUCUCCUCCGGAAACAACUGGAUGAAAAUUGGUACCAGGGAGAGAUCAAUGGGCUCAGUGGCAUCUUCCCAGUCAGCUCCGUGGAAGUCCUCAAGCAACUGCCGCAGCCACCCCCUCUCUGCAGGGCUCUGUACAACUUCGACCUACGGGACAGGGGGAAGAGUGAGAACCAGGACUGUCUGAGCUUCCUCAAGGAUGACAUCAUCACUGUGAUCAGCAGAGUGGACGAGAACUGGGCAGAAGGAAAGUUAGGAGACAAAGUGGGCAUUUUCCCUAUCUUGUUUGUGGAGCCCAACCUUACUGCAAGACACCUAUUAGAGAAGAACAAAGGGCAUCCAUCAUCCCGCAUGAAAAACCUCUCUCUGGUAUCUUCAUCUCCCAGAGAUAAAACCACCGCUACAGCCAGCCUCCGUAGAGGCCCAGGCUCCAGAAGGAAGGGGGCCGGCCAGUUCUCUAUCACUACUGCUUUGAACACGCUCAACCGGAUGGUCCAUUCUCCUUCGGGGCACCACGUGGCAGAGAUCAGCACUCCAGUGCUCAUCAGCUCCAGCAACCCCUCUGUGACCACACAGCAUACGGAGAAGGCAAACCUCCCAGCCAGCUCUACUGGGCAGGUCAACACUUACCAUCCUGUGCCAGCCUUCCCAGGACAUGCCAUGGCCAUGGUCAGCCUGCCCAGCUCCCAGCAACACCUGUCCACUAACAUGUUUGUAGCCCUGCACUCGUACUCGGCACACGGCCUUGGUGAGCUGGACCUGCAGAAGGGAGAAGCCAUCAGGGUCUUGGGGAAGUACCAGGACGGCUGGCUACGGGGCAUCUCCUUGGUCACUGGGCGAGUCGGCGUCUUCCCAAGCAACUAUGUCAUCCCCAUCUUCAGUUCAACAACCAGAAAGACGUCUAGUUUUCCAGACUCCCGGAGCCCUGGUCUCUAUGCCACAUGGACAUUAUCCACCUCCUCUGUGUCCUCCAGAGGCAGCUUUUCAGAAGGUGAUCCCAGGCAAAACCGUUCUUUCAAAUCCGUCUUUGUGCCGACCGCGGUAGUCAGCCCCGUGAGGAACACAGCCAGCCCAGGAACAUUAGGACAGGGGUCUCUUCGGAAGGGGCGAAGCAGCAUGAGAAAGAAUGGCUCCCUGCAAAGACCGGUGCAGUCAGGGGUCUCUUCGCUCAUGGUGGGCUCCCUCCGGCGCAGCCCCACGGUGCUGGUCCGACCUCAACAGUUCCAAUUCUACACACCACAGGGGGUCUCCCCCUCGCCCUCAGCAAUGCUGUUGGCCAUGGGACCCAAGCCUGCUCCCACUGGAGAGCCUGCCCACACCUGUGUCAGCAGAGGCGGUGACAGCAGGAUCCACUCGGCAGCCAGUUCCCUCAUCAUGGAAGGCAAAGACCUCCCCAUCAGGAGUGAGCCUCCGCUCAGGCCACCGGCCUCAGCCCCACCAUCAAUCCUGGUGAAACCAGAAAAUUCAAGAAAUGGCACCGAAAAGCAAGUCAAAACCGUGAGAUUUCAGAAUUACAGCCCUCCUCCCACCAAACGCUACACCUCCCAUCCGGCCUCGGGAAAGCGUGAACAGCCUGUCACCCACAAGGGGUCCCAGCCCGAAGCAGCCACAGAGAUGACCGUCCUAUUCGCCCACCGAAGUGGCUGCCAUUCGGGACAGCAUACGGAGCACCGAAGGAAGUCAGCUUUUGGCAAGGCCACGACCCCAGCUUCAGCCCCACAGACUGUGUUUCCCAGCAAAUGAAUCUAGGGGUGGCUUUUCUUAGGC